AUGGCGAUUGGGCUUCGCGGACGACUGAGCCGGGAUGGGCUUGCUGCCCUAGGUUCUUUUGAAAACGUCUUUGACCUCGACACCCUCCAAAAGUCCUGCGCAGCGCUCAAAGCUGGGCUGCGCAAGCAUGUAUCCAACGCAAAGUACGCAGGCAGCUGUGGAGAGGAGGGGGCCGCGCCCUGGGCCCUGCCCCGCGUUUUCUUCGCCUUCCUCACCGUGGCCAUGCCCUGGCGCUUCUACGACUUUGUCUUCAGACACCGCGGCUACAACCUCUUCUACCUCUUCGACUUCUGCUACUGGGUCAACGCCGCGGUGGCCUGGUACCUGGCGGGCGGCGCGGCGGGCUGGGACCUGCCCCACCUUUCCGCAGCCCUCUACUCGCUGGCAGAUGGCCCGGUGGCCUGCGCCCUGGCGGCCUGGCGCUGCCGCUGGACCUUUGGCUCGGCAGACCACACGACCAGCACUCUCAUGCACCUGCUGCCCGGCCUGGCCAUGUUUGCCCACCAGCAUUUCGGCCCCGGCACCGAAACGUGGGCGGCACGCCUGCAGCGGCCCGCGCCGGCCCCCGCCCUCUCCUGGCUGAAGAGGUCUGACCUGCCUGCGCUGCUGGGCUGGCGCGUCGCCGCCCCGCUCCUCUUCUACGCCGCCUGGCAGCUGCACUACUGGCUGGUAGUCCAGGUCGGCUUCGCGCGGCGCAUCCAGGCGCGCGGUCACGACACCAGCUUCCGGUGCCUGUCGCGCCGUGCUAAGCGGGCGGGCAACCUCCUGGCGGCCGUGGUGCUGCACGGCUCGGUCGCGCGACGCGUGGUUGUCUACGGCCUGCUCCAGGCGGUCUUCACGCUGAGCACGCUGGCGCUGGCGCAGCCCUCCCUGACCAGCUUCCCCGUGGCGUGCGUCUGGCAGGUCGCCAAGUUCGCGCUGCCCCUCUGGGCGGCCUGCCAGCACGAGGCGCAGGCGGCCCGCCAGCACGAGGCGCAGGCGGCCCGCCACGCAGCGCCGCCAGCGCAGCACCGGCAUGCGGCGCAGCGCAGGGACGGCAGGGGCGUGCCACACCGCCUGGCGGCACCCGCCUCCUGA